UCCUGCCCUGCUCCUGCCUGGGACUGAGGCUGGGGCCUGGCCCUGGGCACGGGCUGCCCCAGGCCCCAGCGUGGUUCUGCUGUGGCAGGAGCAGUGGGGGACAGCUCUGGACGCCUGCAAGCGCCCGGGUGGGCCCUUGAUACUGCUGGGACCAGGCUCCUCCGAGGCCCAUCCAGCAGGGCAUCCCCAGUGUCCCCUGGGCCCAGCCCCGGUGUCGGGGCCCGGCAGCAUCCAACAUUUCACCUCCCACCCCCUGUCUGGGCUGAACAGCAGCUCAGGGCCAAAUUCCUGGUGCAACCUCCUGCAGAGCCUCCCUAGGCUCUUUGGCCCAUCUCUCCCCCCCCACCUAAUUAGUGUCAGGCUGAGCCAUCAGCUUCCCUUGGCAGUACAAAGGCAGCUGCCUGAGGCGGGCGCUGGGGGCAAAGGUCCCGUGAGCACAGAGCUAUCAGCGCCACACAGGAGGCGCUGAGAUGAGACAUACCCGCAGCGCCAGCCCUGUCCCCCGCCCACGUCGCCCACAGCCCAACCCCAGGGCAGGCUGGCACAUGGCUGGUGGGGGCUCAUGUGACUGGGCACGUGUGGAGGCACCUGGAGGCACAGGGCACAGCUUAGGGCCAGGCCAGGCAGGCAGGGGAUGGGGGCACAGGCCUGGGGGCUUCACCACUGCUACCUGCUACCCACAGGGAGCCUGGGCACUGACACAGAGGAGCGUCUUGUCGAACACCUCCUGGACCCGUCCCGCUACAACAAGCUGAUCCGCCCGGCCACCAAUGGCUCUGAGCUGGUGACUGUGCAGCUCAUGGUGUCGCUGGCCCAACUUAUUAGUGUGCAUGAGCGGGAGCAGAUCAUGACAACCAAUGUGUGGCUGACGCAGGAGUGGGAGGACUACCGCCUCACCUGGAACCCCGAGGAUUUUGACAACAUGAAGAAGGUGCGGCUGCCCUCCAAGCACAUCUGGCUGCCUGAUGUCGUCCUCUACAACAAUGCUGACGGGAUGUACGAGGUGUCCUUCUACUCCAACGCGGUGGUGUCCCAUGAUGGCAGCAUCUUUUGGCUGCCGCCGGCUAUCUACAAGAGCGCCUGCAAGAUCGAGGUGAAGCACUUCCCCUUCGACCAGCAGAACUGCACCAUGAAGUUCCGGUCGUGGACCUAUGACCGCACAGAGAUCGACCUGGUGCUCAAGAGUGACGUAGCAAGCCUGGACGACUUCACGCCCAGCGGCGAGUGGGACAUCGUGGCGCUGCCGGGCCGGCGGAAUGAGAACCCUGAGGACUCCACCUAUGUGGAUAUCACCUACGACUUCAUCAUCCGCCGCAAGCCACUCUUCUACACCAUCAAUCUCAUCAUCCCCUGCGUCCUCAUCACCUCCCUGGCCAUCCUGGUCUUCUACCUGCCCUCCGACUGUGGUGAGAAGAUGACACUGUGUAUCUCGGUGCUGCUGGCCCUCACUGUCUUCCUGCUGCUCAUCUCCAAGAUCGUGCCACCCACAUCGCUGGAUGUGCCACUGGUGGGCAAGUACCUCAUGUUCACCAUGGUGUUGGUGACCUUCUCCAUUGUCACCAGCGUGUGCGUGCUCAAUGUGCACCACCGCUCACCCACCACACACACCAUGCCACCCUGGGUCAAGGUAGUCUUUCUGGACAAGCUGCCCGCCCUGCUCUUCAUGAAGCAGCCGCGCCAGAACUCCCCCCGCCAGCGGCUGCGCCAGCGCCGGCAGCCGCAGGAGCAAGCCACUGGUGGCAGCUUCUUCCUGCGCCGGGGUGCCCGUGCCGGCACUUGCUACGUCAACCCAGCGGCCGCCAAACCGCUCGGAGCAGGAGGCGAUGGGGCCAAUGGGUUCCGGGGGACGGGGCCAGGGCCGGGGCCAGGGCCAGCCCAGUGUUCCUGUGGCCUAGAGGAGGCAGUGGAUGGGGUGCGCUUCAUCGCUGACCACAUGCGGAGUGAGGAUGAUGACCAGAGCGUGAGCGAGGAUUGGAAGUACGUGGCCAUGGUGAUCGAUCGCCUCUUCCUGUGGAUCUUCGUCUUUGUCUGUGUCUUUGGCACCAUCGGCAUGUUCCUGCAGCCGCUGCCGGCAGCCUGUUCCCAAAACUCCGCCUCCCACUCCCUGCUGCAGCUGGCCCAGGGCACGCCCAGUGCCAAAUAGUGUCCUUCCUGCCCGCCCCCCUGAGACCGUCCCAGCUGAGCACCAAGGGGCCAAGAACAGCGCUCAGGGUGAAGCAGAUGGGCCACAUGGGGUGCACUGGGCAGGGUCUCCAUGGGGCCUGGCUGCUGCUUCCAGCCCUCCCCAUGCACCCCCGUGCAUCCCAGCUCAUGCUGCUUCCAGGGAGGGCCACUGCAGCCACGAGGGCAGAAGGGGAGGCGAGGGGCUAGGCCCUGCUCUGCACAGCUCCAGCCUGGGGGUGGGUGGGUGCAGAGUCAGCCUCACCCUUGCCCAGGCAGAGGGACCUCACCACCACCUGCAGGGACAGAUGGACUGACACAGAGGACUUUGUUCCUGCCCCUGCUGGGACCACAGGGAUAGCUAGUGCCUCCCUGGCACAUGCUGGUGCCACUCAUUUCAGCUCAGCCCCAGGCCACGAACACCGCUAGGUGCUCUCCACCCUGCACUGCAGAGCUGAGGGGCAGGGGGCUCUGCCGUUAGUGCCCCCAUGCCCGCAGGCACAAUGGCCCUGGCCUAGACCCAGCCAGGCCAGAGGCUCGGGAGGGGGCGGGCUUAGGGGGCGCCAAAGCCUGAGGAGGCGGCACUGUGAUGUCUGGCCUAAGGGCGCAGCCGCUGCUUCAAGCGUCACCGCAAACCAAUAAACACUUGCACAGACCACAGCUGGUGCCUGCCUCCUUCCUUUCCUG